GCUGUUCCAGGGCACGGCAACGCGGCUGACAACAAACGCGGAGCCACGACCAAUUAAAAGGGAACCUUUAACCCGUAGAUUGUCAUCAAUACCUGAACACUGCCAAUCCCUGUGGCUGCCGCGGAUCACAAAAGUGCAAUUAAGUGGAUGCUUGCGCGCAAGCUGUGCCGAGGAGUUAUUAUUGUCUCCUUUCACUUUCCCUCAGUCGCUUCUACUGUAGACUGAUACGGCGAGCACCAUGAGCGCACUGGCCUUCUCCAAGCGGCUUGCCAGCUUGCCGAGAGCUGUCAACGGCCCGCUGUCUCUCCUAGCCACGGGAAACGCGGCUCGGAGCUGGGCUAGGGUGAGCAGCAGUGGCCGAGGCCCCGGCCCCCAGCUUCACACCAAGAAACGGGGCUACGAGAUCACUCGCAACCCCCACCUCAACAAGGGUAUGGCAUUUACUCUUGAAGAACGGCUGCAGCUUGGAAUUCAUGGCCUGCUCCCACCAUGCUUUUUAACUCCAGAAGUACAGGUUCUCCGUGUCCUUAAAAGCUAUGAGACCAAAACCAAUGAUCUUGACAAGUAUAUUAUCCUUAUGACUCUCCAGGAUCGGAAUGAGAAGCUUUUCUAUAGAGUACUUACUUCCAAUAUUGAAAGAUUUAUGCCAAUUAUCUAUACCCCCACUGUGGGCCUGGCAUGUCAGCAGUACGGCCUUGCCUUUAGAAGGCCGAGAGGACUGUUCAUUACUAUUCAUGACAAGGGCCAUAUUGCUACAAUGUUAAACUCUUGGCCUGAAGAUGUUAUAAAGGCUAUUGUUGUAACAGAUGGUGAACGUAUUCUUGGUCUUGGGGAUCUUGGAAGCUAUGGAAUGGGAAUUCCGGUGGGAAAACUUGCUCUUUACACAGCCUGUGGAGGUGUGAAUCCACAGCAUUGCCUUCCUGUGCUUCUUGAUGUUGGUACAGACAAUGAGACACUCCUCAAUGACCCACUUUAUAUUGGAUUGAAACACAAGCGUGUCCGUGGGCAGGCCUAUGAUGAAUUGAUUGACGAGUUCAUGCAAGCAGUUACAGACAGGUAUGGAAUGAACUGUCUCGUUCAAUUUGAAGAUUUUGCAAACUCCAAUGCUUUCCGCCUUCUCAACAAAUAUCGCAAGAAGUACCUCACUUUUAAUGAUGACAUACAAGGGACUGCAUCAGUGGCAGUAGCUGGCAUACUGGCUGCACUGAGAGUAACCAAGAACAAACUUUCUGAUCAUACAUUUGUCUUCCAAGGAGCUGGGGAGGCAGCCAUGGGAAUUGCAGAUCUCAUCAUGAUGGCAAUGGAAAAAGAUGGAACCUCAAGGCAAGAAGCUCUGAAAAAGAUUUGGAUGGUGGACUCAAAGGGCCUUAUUGUUAAGGGAAGAAGCCAUCUGACCCACGAAAAGCAGAUGUUUGCUCAGGAUCAUCCGCCAAUGAAAAGUCUGGAAGAGGUUGUUCAGAAAGUUAAACCUACUGCUUUAAUAGGAGUCGCAGCCAUUGGAGGAGCAUUUACGGAGCAGAUAAUAAAGAACAUGGCUUCAUUCAAUAAACAUCCGAUUAUUUUUGCACUAAGUAACCCUACGAGCAAAGCAGAAUGCACAGCAGAGCAAUGCUAUCGCCUGACAGAUGGCCGUGGAAUAUUUGCUAGUGGCAGUCCAUUCAAUCCUGUAACCCUUGCUGAUGGCCGUACCUUUGUCCCAGGUCAGGGUAACAAUGCUUAUGUUUUCCCUGGUGUUGCGCUUGGAGCUAUCACAUGUGGAAUGCGGCAUAUAGACGAUGACAUCUUCCUACUUGCAGCUGAGGUUAUUGCUGAAAUAGUAACAGAAAAGCAUCUUGCAGAAGGACGUAUGUAUCCUCCACUUAACACCAUAAGGGAUGUUUCAUUCAAGAUUGCUACAAAGAUCGUGGACUAUGCCUAUAAAAAUAACCUUGCUGCCUGGUACCCUGAGCCAGAGGACAAAGAAGCAUUUGUUCGUUCUCAAAUGUACAGCCCCAAUUAUGACUCCUUUGUAUUUGAUAAAUAUGAAUGGCCUAAAGAUGCAAUGGAAAUCCAGAAAGUGUAAUUACUUGUGUUGUUCAAAUCCCCUCUAAUCUGUCAAGAUUUUGGAAGGCCUCUCUCAAUUUACUGGCUCAAAUAUUGCUUAUCAAAACCUGGUAACUAAGCACAUCAAGUAUGUUUUCUUUGGGUGUGACUAUUGCAUUGCUUUCUGGAAAAAAAGUACAAUUCUUGUUCAAAGCAAUCUGCUCUCAUUAGUUUCAAAGUAACAAAUACUAUUCUUCAUGAACAGAUGCACUGCAAUAAUAGGUUUAUUGCACUUUUCAUAUUGAUUUUAUUUUUCAGGAAUUUUAUUAUUUCAUUUUUGUAAUCAAUGUUGACUUUAAGCAAACUUUGCCAUUUGAACAUGUUAUCUUUCCAUAAAAUUACAAUUACAAAGAACAAAACACAGGCAUUGAAAAGGCAUCAGUUGCCUAGAAAUCAUGGGUUCACUGAACUGUAUAGUUUGACAAAGACAAAUAACUAUGGCAUUAAACAUGUUUUUGCACAAAAUGUUAGCUAAUUUCAUUUUCUGAACAUGAUUAAUGACCCUCCUACUUCUCAUACUAUUUUGGUUUGGGUUACAGGAUGUUCUUAAGGCUACUGCCUGAAAUGAGAUUCCAGUUCACCAACGUAAGUUGUCCACAAAUACCAGUCUUUCAAUUCUGUAGAAGAAAACUAGAUAAAGUAGCAGACACUAUCUAUUCAAGUUAUUUUGGAUGACCUAAAGUCAACCAACCACGGUAGGUUAAUAUUUCCCUUGUAAAGAUAUUUUUGGACAGAUCAAAGCGGUUCAGAGUUGGAGUUAGCAUUAAAUAAAGAAUUUUCAUCAUGCCAAGAGGAUGCCUUCAAUGCAAAAGUUCUAAAUACUAUGAAUACAACAGAAAUCUUUAGAAACUGGGUCCAAAAGGAGGUGGAAUAAACGCCAAUGUCCAGUUCUGUGCAGCAUCCAACCUGGAUGCAAGCUGUUGAUCUCCCAAAAAUGAGAAAAUCUGUUGCUUUUCCCAGUGCUGAAAUCCUGAUGAAAUCAAAUAGAAUCUCAAAUUGCAAGUGUGUUUAGCUACUUCCUGUUGAGGAAUAGCUAUUGCCAUUUUCUGUUUGUUGGGUCUGUCACACUUAGCUGAUCAAAUGUAUUACUUGUGGAUGGUAGCUGAAACACCAGUACCCUGAAAGAUUUUAUUUUCUGCAUAGUAAAUUAUAUAUAUUUUUGAAGUCUUGUCAAUUAUGGUAUAUUUACUGCAGUUAAGACAUGCCUGCUGAAAUGGAAGACAUUGUACCGAUGUAGGUUUAAAAAAAGUAAAAUUGGAAAACUGUAGAGGAUGUACUUUGUAGUU